ACCACUCUGCCAGGAUGGAGAAGGAAGGACGAUGUGGUCGAUACAUCACGUAGAGGACUAUGUCGGCGAUGGAAGCAAGGAGGGCAAGGAUGAGGAGAAUCAGAAUGGACCAAAAGCAACAUUGACAGCAAAGGUUGUGCUGGGAGCGGUAGUGGUGGUGGCGGUUGUAGGGAGGAGGGCGGUAGGGAGGCCGGGAGGUGGGAUUACAACGAUUGGACUUGGUGGGUCCACCGUUGGUGGUUGCAAUCGUGGUUCCGGCACCAUUCAUGGCGGCGGCGGCGGCAGUGGCGAUGUUGGUAGGUUUGGUGGAGGGGAAAACUCUGUUCGUCAUUGUAAUCGGAAAAUAAAAAAAAAAAAGAAAAGAAAGAAAGGGUUCAGAUUUGCAGGGCAGUGGCUACUGGAAGAGUGAGAUUUGAAGACAAAAAAAUGAGGCAUAGAUUU